AUGGAUUCUGCAAGUUUUAUUGAACAAGAAAAAAUGGGAAAUAUAAAAAUGGAUUCAAACGAAGCUCAGUGUGAAAUCGACACUAAAGGAGUUGAUGACGAUGUAGAGGUAGCGAAGAAAGCCACAGAUUCAGAAAACUGUUUAGUACACGGAGGUUGUCCUCAAGGUUACCGAAGAGUUGGACCUUUUUGUGUUCCUAUAAAUGAAAACGAG